GGUGAGGCAAGGAGAAUUGAUACGUAACUAAUGAAAACAACUCUGAUCUUCGACGUCGUUUUUACUUUUAAAUAGGCCCAACGUCAAGUCAUCUUAUUUUUUCAUCGAGAAGUUUCAUCUUGCCCAUCGUAAUCUUUCAGAAAUGACUUCAAAUCGGAAGAGUUCUGAGACGAAAAGUCGGGAGAAUGCAGCUUUUCUCAAGAUGCGAGUUGAAGAGCUUGAGUCGGAAGUGAGUUCUCUGAAGAAAAGACUGGAUGGACUAAGAAAGGCUAAGAAUACAACUGUGCUGAAAAAAGAGAAGGAGUAUGUUUCUGUUGGAGCAUCAGAAUCAAACAGAGCAAGUAAAAGGCCGUCCAUUUCAGAAGAUAAGAGCAGUGAACUUCAGAAAAAAUUAAAAGAUCUGAGUCUUCAACACGCAGACGAGAUGAGUGCCUUGAAGAAGAAGCACAGUGCCGAUCUCAAAAAGUUGCAAUCUGAGAAAGUGAAGCCCACUACACCAGAGAAGUGCAAUCACGAGGAAGAGAUCCUCCGUCUCAAAGGUGAAAUAACCGAACUGAAAGAGAAGAACGCCAACCUGGAGGAUGUGAACUCAACACUCAAAGCAGAGACUCUCUCGCUUCAUGCGAAGUUUGAGGAACUGUUCACAGAGCUGAGCCUCAAGGAAGCGCAGUGGUGCGAGAAGGAGGAACAGUUAAAUCUCAAGCUCAAGUUACAAUGGGGAGAAAAGUACCGGGAGUGGAUGGAAGCCACAGAGAAGAAGAUUGCAGAGCUGCAAAGAGCCAAUGAAUAUUUACGAACCUGUCUUAAGAGUCCAGGGGAUUAAUGAUACGCAGUCUUCCAUCUUCAAUUUACACCAAAGAGAGACUUUUGCGACCGGGUAUUCUGAACUCUAUUUAAAGCGAAUCCUCAUUGACCUUUCCUUAGGAGAAUAAUGCAAUUUGCUGGCACCGGCCCUUGUGUAUAGCAAUGGAAAUACCUGUGAAAGACCUGCUUAUUGAGGGCUCAGCCAAUUAUGCUCACCUGACCAUUGUAGUGAAUCACAGAGAUAUCUUUGCCAAUUCCUUCGGACAGAGGAUAAUGUGAUAAUGACUGCCACCUAAUGAGAGUUGAGCCCAGCGCAUCCGAUGCGAGACGUUUUUUUUUAAUAAGUUGCAUACCGGUAUUGCAUUAAAUGUGAAAGUCCCAAGAAAUCAAAUUAUAUCAUUUGAAGUUCAGCAUAAUGUUAGGAAUGAUAAAAUCAUAAUUUAGCUUUGCAGCAAUUAGCCCUAUGGUUGAAGUAAAGUCCAAAUCGGCUUCAAGUCACAGCCGAUGAUGACGUCAUUGCGAUUUGAAUUUGAUUUUAUUCCUACAGGGAGGCUCAAACUAGACUGAAUUUUGAUUUCAGUAGUCCUACCACUAUUCUGAACCCCGAUCGCUAAGAUUUUAUUGGUUGGAAAGUUCUUAUCAAAUGUUAUUACAAAUUCUUUGAAAUUUGGAUCGCAACGAAUCGCAAAGUGUUCACCGGGCUGUAGAGAGGAAUGUACACAGCAAUUACAGAAUGUUUAUUUGCUGUGAAACUUGAUACUGCUCGAUCUGAUGGUAAACUCCUGCAAAUGGUAAUUGUCACUUGGUCUACACCCUAUUGGUCUACUUUCCGUUUGGUCUAAUCUUAGGAUUGCCUACAACCUUACUGAAAACAGACUGGGAUUAAUAACGAUAAUAAUAGCUGGGUUUAUAUAGCCCAGUUUGCCUGAGGAUACAAAGCGCUGCUAUUAUUAGCCUAGCUUUAGCUCAAGCUGCCACCAAUGGCAUUCAGUGCAUU